CCUGGCGCUAGUCCCCUUCCGUAGCGAUAUUUGCCCCAGCAAGCUCCUGGAAACGUUGAGUCUCUGGGCGUGCGUGCAGCUGCGCCAGGCCCUGGUCGCUCCGAGUUUGACGUGGACGAGAUUGGCCCUGCUCUCCCAAUUUCUUCACCGCGGGGAGGGAGGAACGGUGCGCUUCGUCUGGCUGCUGUCCAGCUGCUCUCCGUCGGCCGCCUGCCCUUUCUCCGUUCCCUCGAUAUUUUUCUCAAUGCGAUAGGCAUGCGCCUGCUCGUGGCCACGUCUCCGUGAGCAAGCCCCCGAUUUUUUGCCGUCGCUUGUCGCCGCAACGUUAGCUACCUCGCUCGGCCGUCCAAUAAAUCGGUACUGUACGCCCUGCCAGACUCGCAUCAAUCCCCUACCGGCGGUCAUCGAUCGCUGCGAUUGCAAAAUGGCCGACCCGGGAGAAUAUGAGUCCGCGUUCGACGACCAGUUCAACGCGGGUAACCCCGUCUUUGGUUACACCAACGAGUUCAUCUUCGACUCCGACGAAGGGAGUCCGCUGCCCACGAUCCCGGACGACUACACCGCCGACUCGAGCCACGCCAUGCCAGACGCGCCGCAAGACUGCCCCUCGCCGUCAGAGGCCCUCGUGCUCGCGAGCAGGAGCUCGAGGUCCGCCGAGAGUCCCCGCGAGUCCAUGUUCGACUCGGCGUCGCGCAAGGGGACGGCAAGCUCGGCAUCGACGAUGCCCGCCGUCGGGGACAUGCGGACCAAUGCCGGUGCCGAAACAAAGCAAAGUUGGGGCGCGAUGGACAGUCUCGGAGGGGGAACAGACGCCGAGGACAUGUCGAUGAUGCGUGAUGCCUUCGAGUUCCUGACCGACCAUACCCUCGCCCAGCCGAGCCUGCGCACUCCGGCGGACACUCCGAGUCCGUUCGGCUCCGGAGCCCCGACUUUUUCUCCCGAAAACUCCAUGGCGUCGCCGCCAGGCGAAGUUGGUUUUUCUUUCCGCACUGCUUGCGAGGACGGCUUUGCUCCGUUCACUUUCAGAUCGCCUGCCUCCGACGUACAAUCAAAUGCGGCAGCUGGAUCUCACUCGCUCUCCUCGGGGACGCUCUGCUUGCGCCAAUCGCAACCGCUUCCAUCACCGUCACCGAAUGAGUUCCGCGGCUCCCAAGAACCAGGCACUCUUCCCCCAGAGGCCUCCGGAGUUCUGAACACAACCCAUCCGAUAACGAGCCAAUACGGGACAGGGGUCCCGUUCUUCCUCGAUGUUCCGCAUCCCCAUCCCCUCGCGCAGCCUCCCUUUGAGCAUCAUCAAUACGGCCCUGGCCCCUACAAGUUGGAUGUCUUCGCCAACAACACCAAAUCUCGAGUUGAAACACAGAUAAUCAUCACUCUCAGACUCUCGCAGCUUCCACCCGGCGUCACAAAAGUCCAUCUCCCGAAACAUACCAUCAGCAAGCCCAAGUUCUGGACAAAGCCAGCGUCGUGCCCCUCUCCGGAUAUGCUUGAGCUGAAUACCAUGCUCGUUUGCACGAGCGCGAUGCGCGUGCCCGAAUAUAGGGCGCGGGCUUUGCGACGAGCUGCACACGCUGCGCAUGCCGCGUGGCUGGAGAGGAAGCAAGGAGGCCAAAAAGGUCCUUCAGGCGGCCAACCUCGUCCAAGCGCAGGCGCGAAGAAGGAGGGUGAUGCGCAGGAGGUCAAGGCCGAAAAGGGAGCUGAAGUCCGCGACGAGGGCGACGACGAACAGAUCAAGACCCAAGAAGGAGGCGAAGUCCAGAUCUGCGAGAACUGCAUAGGCAGGGAGACGAAACGGGCGUCGCGGAAAAAGAGCAAGAACCCCGAAGAUGAGGCAGCGUGGCAAAGGGACGAGCACAGACGGGUCAUCGUCUUCAACACGCACGAGAUCAAGGAUUGGACGAUCCAGAACCCUCCCGAGUCUGGCUCGCGGAGUUUCUGGCAGAUGCAGGCGCCCAUGAGGAUUGCCUGCUACUGCCGCCAUCACGCCGAAAAGCAAGGGUUCCAGAUCAUCUUCACCCUGACCGAUCAUCUCGGCCGCUUGCUUGUCCAAACCCUCUCGCCCACGAUCAUGAUCACCGAUGAUCACAAGACCACCAGUCCAAACCCUGUCGCCAACACUUCGCUCGGUCCACAGGCUGCGAUGCUGAGUCCACGGGAAGACUUGCCAGCGCAGAGCGUAGGAACCGGGCCGCCGUUGGAGGCAUCCCCCAGCCUCGACCCGCAGGCUGCGAGACGCAGCUCGGCCGGUUCGGUGUCCGCCUCAGCCACGCCACAGCAGAACCAUGCGAGAGCUGCUAUCUCGCGUCCUCCAUCGCCCUCGUUCACGACUGGACCCGCCAAGCGACGGAGAGGGAACAAGUCAAUGUCCAAGACCCCCAGCGACUUAACCAUGACGCCAAUCGACACCUCGUUCCUGCCGGCGUCAAGGGCGCCCAACCCGGCUGCAAGCACCAGCCCAAUGGCACAGACGACAUCGUCAUUGCCUCCAACGCCCGGUGCAAUGUUCACGUCGACCGGAGAAUUGCCAAUUUUUGGCGCUGGCGCUGGAGCCCCUGAGCCGUUGACCAACGGGUUCGCAAGCAAUCCCCAGGCAAACCCCUCCAACGGUCAGAUGCUCUUACCCAACGUGAGCAGAACGCCCAGCUUGGCCAACCUGGCAACGCCCAUGUUUGGCCUGUCCGUUUCCGCUCGUCCCCAUACUGGUUCCAGCCCCGUUGCCUCGCGGCCGGCGUCCAGUAUGGCUAGCGGCGGCCAAGCGAGGCCUCAGCAGCCCCAGAAGCAGCCGGCCAUAUUCAAGGUCAUACCAGGCGAGGGACCAGUCGCUGGCGGCAUUGAGGUUACUCUGAUGGGCCAGGGUUUCGUUCACGGCAUGCAGGUGAUGUUCGGCGACAAGCAAGCGCCGGGCACCGCGUGCUGGUCUUCAGAGUCGCUCGUAUGCUUGCUUCCUCCGUCCGAGAUGGCGGGCAUGGUACCCGUGACGCUCAAGCACCAGAACGGCCAAUCUCUGAACCCUGCGCCUCACUUCUUCCGCUACGUGGACGACAGCGAGCAACAGCUGCUGCGCACCGCGCUCAUGAUCCUCGGCAACAAGAUGACGGGUGGCUACGAGGACGUGGCAGAUUUCGCCCGCCGGAUUAUCAAGGAGGCCGGCAGCAGCUAUCCGCCACCCGGCGGCGAGAUGUCCGGAGCAGACGGCUCGUCAAAUCGCUCCAUGGACAAUUUCGAGAGCCAUCUCCUCAAGCUGCUGGAGCUGAUGGACCUCAGCAACAGCACCCGGAAGCCGCGGCUCAAUCUGAGGAGGUCGACGGGACAGACGAUGCUGCAUUUGGCAUGCAAGAUGGGUCUGCACCGCUUCGUUGCCGGCCUGUUGGCGCGAGGGGCGAACCCAGAUCCCCGCGACAAGGGCGGCUACACGGCGUUGCACAUGGCGUCGAUGAACAACCACACGGAAAUUGUCCGACUCCUGAUUGCACAUGGCGCCGAUCCCACGUUACGAACCUUGUCAGGCCUCACCGCUGCCGAUGUUGCGAAGUCGAGGGACGUCGUGCGGCUCAUCCACAACUAUAGACAGCACAGACGGUCGCAGAGCGACAGUUCAUCCCAGAGCCGCGUCACUAGCACCCUGAGCCUCAAGUCGCUACGGGCACAGGUGUCCCUGUCCGAAGCGGCCGAGGACACGUCGAGCGACGAACCCAGAUCUGGAGAGGAGAGCUCGGGGGAGUAUUCCGAGCCCUACGCGUCCGAUGCGCUCGUCGAGACCGACGAUGGCGGGCAGAUGGAGCUCCGCAUGCGCCGGGGCAAGAGCGCCGCCAACACACCCGCGCGGAGGAGAAGUCCGUCCCGUCCUCGGCGGCGAGGCACCGACGCUACGGGCCCUCUGGGCUUGCCGUCAGCUGCCAUGGCAGCGAUCAAGGAACAGGUAGCUGCCCAGUUCCAGCAGCUCCAGCAGAUGAUGGAGCCGCACCUCCAGUACCUGCCGCAAUUACCGCAGCUCCCCCAGUUCAGGCAGUUCCCUCAGUUCUCCCAGCUUCCCAACUUCCCGCAGAUGCCGAACAUGCCGCCGCUGCCGGAGUACCAGAACGCCGUGCUGCAGCGGCUGGCGGCGAUGAUCGGAGCUGCCAGGUCGGGAGCGGCUGAUGAUGGGUCCUCGACCAAGGAGCAAGAGAGUGCCUGGCAAUAUCCGUCGCCGUUCUCGACAAAAUCCAGCACGCCGCCCCCGGCAUACGACGAACUUUUCCCCCAGCAGGACGAACAAGGCGACUUGGCCGCCAAAGAAGCCUCCGCCGCGCAAGCAGCGGCCGAUGCGGUGGCGGACGCCAAGUGCGCAGCGCUCUUCGACCAGCCGUCCUCCAGCUCGACAGCAGCAACCGCCCGAAGGACAACUGCCCUCGCGAGCGAGACAAGCGACGCCGCCGCGGAGGCCGACAAGGCCGAGGACUCGGAGGGCCAGGAGAUCCCGGCGCUCCUGCAGAUCGGCCGCAAGGACGCCAUCACGCGCGAGCAGCAGGCCACGCUGCGGCGGGCGCACGCGCACAACCUGAAGAAGCUGACCUGGGACCGGAAUCUCUUCUUCAUCUGGAUCCCGCUGCUCGUCCUCAUCGUCGGCGCCAUGCUCUACCGCGGCAUGCCGGGCUUUGUCACCUCUGCGCGUGGUGCCGGCGCGCUGGUCCCGGAGGCGGACCACAACGUCCAGCGCGACAGCCUCCGCCACCACCACCAGCAGAACCAGGCUGGCGCCAUUGCAGAGGGGGUGGGCGCUGCGGGGGUAUAACCCUCUCCACCCCCCACUGGACCGCCGGCGACUGGCUGCUUCCCGCGUCUUUCCCGUACCCUGUUUUGGGGAAACACGCUCUGGCGGCGGGUGGUGUGUUUGGAUUGCACACUCAAUUGAGGUCGUUUUACGUCGGGAGAAGGAACUUGGGGCUCGAAGAGGGGUCAUGGGAUGGGCGGUGUGGCGGCGUCGGAGCGGGGGGUGUCUAUCUUAUACUUGGAUGGUAUUUUUUUUUUUUUCUUUUU